AUGUGGAGUGAAAACUACUAUGAUCUAUGCGCUAACGAGGAAUUCGGUUUCAGGCUUAGUCCAGAUACUAUGCAGCAAGGAUCAGGAUCGACAACGCCUAUAGCGGCACCGGCAAGUGUGCCCCCAGCGCCGGCAUCAAUCGACAGUAUGGACGAUCCACCGCCAAGGAACGAGCCCGUCGUCGAACCGGUAAAUGGGAUUGUGCAGCCGCCCGUAAUGCCACCACCAGAGCGUCCGGGCAGGUUAACGAAUCAGCUGCACUUCUUGCUGCGCACCGUAAUGAAGGCGGUAUGGAAGCAUCAAUUUAGCUGGCCAUUCCAGCAACCGGUCGAUGCGAAGAAGCUCAACCUACCAGACUACCAUAAGAUCAUCAAGCAACCGAUGGACCUGGGCACGGUCAAGAAGCGGCUGGAAAACAAUUACUAUUGGACGAGCAAAGAAUGUAUACAGGACUUCAACACAAUGUUCACCAAUUGCUACGUGUAUAACAAACCGGGAGAGGAUGUGGUAGUAAUGGCGCAGACGCUGGAGAAGCUGUUCCUAACGAAAGUAUCCCUCAUGCCGAAGGACGAAACAGAGAUGGAAGUACAGCAGCCGAAAGGUGGCAAAAAGAAGCCCCGAUCGUUGGCACCACCGGGCACGUUGGUGGGUAAUACAUCCGUAACGGGUGCGGCGGCAGCAGCCGGCGUCGCACCGAAUGCGGCCAUCGUGGCCGGUGCGAAUGCGGUUGCAGUGGCGGCAGCGGCAGCUGCUGCCGCCCGAGCACGGCCCGGUUCGGCACUUGGGGCGGCCGUAUCGUCCAGCGUUCCUCCACUUAGUGCGGUGCCACCGGGGGUGGUAGGUGCCGCAUCGUCGGUGGUCGUACCGAGCGUACCUCCGAUUGGUACCCUGCCACCCCAGACUGUGCCUGGUAGCACUAACACCACCACAACGGCCGGACCCAACGCGGCAGUUGCGGCGCUGACGGCGGCAGCCGCAGCUGCUGCGGCCGCUAGCGCUCCGCACAAUCCCAUGAGCAGCAAUCCGAUCGGUGCACCUGUAGUCAACAAACCGAGCGCACCAGCAAACCCGCCGUACAUGGUAAAUAGUUCACAGGGCGGUAUGGAAACCGUUUUACCUCCCCAGCAACCAGCGAAGGUUAAAAAGGGUGUUAAGAGAAAGGCAGACACCACAACGCCGACAGCAACCGUAUUCGAUCCGCACUAUGGCACACCGAUGGACUCGAACGCUGCCAAAAUUGCCACCCGAAGGGAAUCUGGGCGUCAGGACAUUGUACCCUAUCAAACUUCGACCUACCCCAUGUCUCCGAUGGCGCACCAAGGGACGACCUCGUCACAAUAUCCGCCGAAGAACAAGGAGAAAUUGUCCGACGCACUGAAGUCAUGUAACGAAAUACUGAAGGAGCUGUUCUCCAAAAAGCACUCCGGAUACGCCUGGCCAUUCUAUAAACCUGUCGAUGCGGAGUUGCUCGGACUGCACGACUACCACGACAUAAUCAAAAAGCCGAUGGAUCUCGGUACGGUGAAACGGAAAAUGGAUAACCGAGAGUAUAAGUCAGCGCCAGAGUUUGCCGCGGAUGUUAGGUUAAUAUUCACCAAUUGUUAUAAGUACAACCCGCCAGAUCACGACGUGGUCGCAAUGGGCCGGAAGCUACAGGACGUGUUCGAGAUGCGGCUAGCGAAUAUACCGGACGAACCGGUAAACAAUGUGGCGCCGCAUCAUCAGUGCAAGGAAAGCGAACCAUCGUCUUCGAGCGAUUCCAAUGACAGCGAUGAUGAGAGCGAGUCGGACGAAGAAUGCGCACAGAAAUUGAAGCUACUCGAGAAGCAGCUGUUCGAGAUGCAGGAACGAAUGCGGAAACUGACCGAGGAGGCACUGCAGAAAAAGAAACAGAAGAAGAAAACGAAGGACAAAAAGAAACCAUCAGUGGCAGGGCCGGGCAGUGGUGCAAGUGGUGGUGCAAGUGAUAUUAAGGGGAUUAUGGAUCCUCAUGCCGGACUCGGUAUGCCACAUGGCCCCGGCAAAGCAAUGCAUCAGAUGGCAGGUGCAAUGGGUCAACCACCGAUGGGUGGACCGGGAGCGGUACCCGUGAUGCCAGCACCUGGGACCAAAGCAAAGGCGAAGGGACAGAGAGCGCCAAAGGCGGGUGGUGUCGCUGGUGGUGCUGCGCUCAACGCACCUGCGAAACGCACUAAAAAUGCGGGUGCCGCUGGAACCAGUGCACCGCGUGCGCCGAACAAGAAGAAAGCAUCGCAGAAUGUGUCCAACUUCGAUUCCGAGGAGGAAGACACGGCCAAACCGAUGUCGUACGACGAAAAAAGACAGCUGUCGUUGGACAUUAACAAACUACCGGGCGAUAAGCUGGGCAGAGUUGUACAUAUAAUACAAAGUCGGGAGCCAUCAUUACGCGAUUCCAAUCCGGACGAGAUCGAGAUUGAUUUCGAAACGCUGAAGCCAUCAACGCUACGAGAGCUGGAAAGCUACGUAGCAUCCUGCCUGCGCAAGAAAACUCGUAAGCCUUACUACAAAAAAGUAUCUGGUAAAUCCAAGGAGGAACAGAUGACGGAGAAGAAACAAGAGCUGGAAAAACGGCUCCAGGAUGUGACGGGUCAGCUUGGCACAGGGAAAAAGAACGCGAAGAAGGACGAAGCCAACAAACAGGACGUUGCUCCUUCCGGAGGCAAUAUGUCCUCCAGCAGUAGCUCCAGUGAUUCCUCGUCGUCGAGUUCAAGCGAUUCCAGUUCUAGUGAUUCCAGCGACAGUGAAGCAGAAGCUGGAGGGCGACCACCGCGUAAGAAGAAGAAGGAUUCCUCCUCUCCGAUGGUGCCCGGUGGCAACAAUUCCGCUAACACGUCCUCUGCUCCAGCCAACGCAUCGACACUACCGGCAACGGCAGCGGUAUCGCAGAUGCUACCGAGUGCUGGUGCCGCCAGUAACACAAACACCACUUCCAACACCACUACUACCACGAACAACAACAAUUCCAAUACCAUCACACCACUCCCGAACGCCGCCGCUCAGCAGCCACAGCAACAUCCGGCAGGCGGUAUCCUAAGCCAAACACCAGCCGUCGCUGGCCAGCAGCAUCACUCACAAAUGCACUUUACGCAACAGCAGCAGCAGCAGCAGCAACGGCAACCAUCAUCAAACCAGCAGCCUGUCAUACCGCUACCACAUUCAUCUCACACUGCGUCCACGUUGGUAUCAUCAACUUCCUCCACUACCACCUCGUCCUCAUCCUCCUCCACAUCAUCAUCGGGUGCAGGAGGUGCCGUGUCGAGUAUGAACGUUGCAAGUGCCGGUAGCAGCAGCAUUAAUGCCACUAACAAUCCUCCAUCAAGCAUCGCCGCUAACAACAACGGUACGGUCGUGUCGUCCAGCUAUGGUGCAACUGCCGGAAUGAUCGGUCUUUCACAAACGCUGGCCGCCGGGCCGACUGUGGGCGGAUCGGUAGUUGACACUGUUCCAGGGCUGCUUCAGAUACCUUCCCUGUCGCAGCAGCAAACUAUGUCUAGUGCCGCCGGAGGGCUCAGCUCACAAACGCUAGCGAAUUCUUUAAUGAUGUCGGUUGGCGGUGCCGUUGUAAAUAGUAGUAGCAUCGGCGGCGGCGGCGUCAGCGGAAGUAAUAACAGCGGCAAUCCCAACCCGAUUGGUAGUAGUAACAGCAACCAAAUCUCUCUACCACUUCCCAUACCAUCACCAAACACCACCACCUCUACUACCAGCACGAUGCUACCUGUGAAUAAUAAUAAUGCUUUGACCACCACCAGUACUAGUAAUAAUCAGAGCAAUAGUGCUAUCUUGAAUAAUUCCAUCACUGUUACGCAGCAGCACCAGCAGCAAACAGGCGGAGGUCACAGCACCAAUGGAAUCGUGUCGACAGUACCGGUCACAGCCCAUCUACCAUCGUCGUCCGGCAACACGAAUGGCAGUGACGGUGGUGCAUUGAGUACAAGCAACGGGUUGAUUAACAGUAUGCUCGGCUUGCCUGCGUCGUCUCAGCUUGCUUCCAGCCUGGCUGCCAUGGCUUGUAUGGCGGGAGGUUUGCCACAGUCCUUGCAGAUGACGCAGAAUCAACCGGUGGGUAAAUCGCAACAACACGGUACAGUCCAGUCCCAACAACAGCAGCAACUUCAACACGCACAACAGCAGCUUAACCAACAGUUCCGACUUGGUGGCGGUGCUGGCAACGGGCACGGUGGUCUCGGUGGAGGCUUCAUCGAUCCGCUAGAGCACACGCUGAAUUCAUUUGAGCAGUCGAUUAAGGCAGAGCCACUGGGAUUGAAUUUGUUGAACGAUAUGUCCGCAGCACUGAAGCAAGAUCUAACGACCAGCAUGUUAACGGCUAAUGUGGAUCUGUGCAUGGCGCACUUGCAGAACCAAUUACAUUCGGGCAACAACGGUUUCGUGAGCGAGUUCAAUGGCAAUGGACCGUUGAACGGAGGUACUGGUGCUGGGAUGGGUCUUGGUAGUGGUAUGGGUCAGAUGGUAAUGAACAGUAUGGCAUCGACGGCCGCCGCCGCCAACACGGCGCUGAUAGGUGGAGGCAUGCCGUCGAUAUUCGAGCCGCUGCAAAACUUUAUGCGAUCCGGUGGCGGACCCGGCCCGUACCAUCAGACGAAUGCGGCCAGUGCGGGAGCCUCGGGAAUGGCUGCACUGGUAACGGGUGCAAGUAAUAACAGCAAUGGUGCUGGGCUAGGUGGUAACAAUGCUGCCGGUGUAAUGCACGAUCGAUCGAUCGAUCUAACGCAGGCCGGUAGCGUGAACAACAACCAACUCGUUGGAGCAGGAGGAGCGGGUGUUGCGACCGGAAUAUUACCAGGCGGCAAUGGUGGUAAUUUGAUGACAAUUAAGAAGGAGGAACCCGGCGUUGGAGGUGGCAAGUUUAUGCUAACACCGAAACCGAUCGAAGAUUUACUGAUCAAUCCAAACGAAAAGAAGAUGGGCAGUACGCCACCGCCGGCGGAUGCGAAGGGAAACAUGGCGAACACGUUUAAUAAGGGUCAGGAUUCGAAGAGCGUUUGGUCGUCGCUGGCCGCAGCCGUUUCGCCCCAAAAUACGCCAACGUCGAACAAACCGAAGCCCGCGAUGGACUCAUUCCAAGCGUUCCGUAACAAGGCGAAGGAAAAAUUCGAUCGUUUGCAGCAGCAAGAGUUGAAACGUUCGCAGAAGGAGCAGGCGGAGAAGGAAUUAAAACGUCAGCAGGAGCAGCAAAAAAUAAAGCAGGAAGAGAUCAACAACGGACGAAAAUUGCCAAUCGAACCCGUCCAGCCACGAGUAGUGGAAGAAAUCAAAACGUCACCCCAAGGCAGUCCGUCGCCGGGCACACCCACCACACCGCACGCACUUGAUCGUUCGGCAGCAAAACGGGCAGAGCUGCGCCGCCUGGAACAGGAACGCCGAAGGAAGGAAGCGAUGGCUGGUCAGAUCGACAUGAACAUGCAAAGCGACUUGAUGGCUGCGUUCGAAGAGUCCCUUUAA